AUUUAGAUAUCAAAUGUCAGUAUCGUAGGAACAAAAGAUUUCUUCUACCUAAACUCUUAAGGAUGAUUAAAAUCUCCAGUGCCAAAUAUAAAAUUUUAUAAGGAAAAAAGAUUUUAAAUCGGUUAUAAGAAUUUUACAUACUAACAAAAAGUCAAGGUUAGGGCAUUAUCCUUUACUUUAGAAUAAAUUAUUAAAAGCUGAAAUAUGAAAACUAAAUAUAUCAUGUUGGUCAAAAUUUAUGUAUUAGAGGUGAUAAUAGAUCUGUAUAUGUGGCCAAACUCAUUAAGAUUGUGAAACUAUUGGAUAAUUAAAAUAAUUGCAUACCAUUUAUAAAAGUAUAGUGGUUUACUAGGAAAACUGAAUUGAUGGAUUUAUAAAAGGAUUACUUAGAUUGUAUAUCUGAAAAUGAAGUUUUUAAGACUAAUUAAUUCGAUUAUAUAGAAAUUGAAAGAAUAAUAGGAUUAGCAAUCAUUUUAAGUUAUGAAGAGUACGAUCAUAUCGAAGAACUAAAUGAUAAUAUAUUUUUUAUGAGAGCCUCAUAUAUUGAUGGAAAGUUAUUUCCUUCUUUUGAUUAAUGGAAAAAGAUUUGUGUCUGUUAAAGACCUGCAAAUCCAGAUUUGAAGUAUUCAUAUUAUAUUAUAUAGGUAUAUAUUAUGCGAGAUGUGCCAGUAAUGGUUUCAUUUGAAAUGUAUAGGACUUCAUUAAGAUUAAGCUAAAAAAUUGAAUAAAUAUAUAUGUUCAUAAUGUUAAAACUGAAAUUUAGUU